AUGUUUAUCGAGAGCUUUAAGGUCGAAAGCCCUAACGUUAGGUACACAGAGAGUGAGAUUCACUCGGUCUACAGCUACGAAACCACGGAGCUCGUCCACGAGAACAGAAAUGGCGGCUACCAGUGGAUCGUGAAGCCCAAGACUGUUCAAUACGAGUUCAAAACAGAGACCCAUGUCCCUAAAUUAGGGGUUAUGCUUGUCGGCUGGGGAGGUAACAAUGGCACAACCCUUACUGCUGGUGUGAUUGCUAACAGGGAAGGGAUUUCAUGGGCAACAAAGGACAAAGUGCAGCAGGCUAAUUAUUUUGGGUCAUUGACUCAGGCAUCCUCCAUUAGAGUUGGGUCCUUUAAUGGUGAAGAGAUCUAUGCUCCAUUCAAAAGCUUGCUCCCUAUGGUCAACCCGGAUGACAUUGUGUUUGGGGGAUGGGACAUAAGCAACAUGAACUUGGCUGAUGCAAUGGGCCGGGCCAAGGUCUUGGACAUAGAUCUUCAGAAGCAACUGAGGCCCUAUAUGGAGCACAUGGUCCCACUUCCCGGAAUAUACGACCCAGAUUUCAUUGCGGCCAAUCAAGGCUCGCGGGCCAACAAUGUCAUCAAAGGCACCAAGAAGGAACAAGUCGAACAAGUCAUCAAGGACAUCAGGGAGUUUAAGGAGAAAAACAAAGUGGACAAGGUUGUGGUGUUGUGGACAGCCAACACAGAGAGAUACAGCAAUGUUGUUGUUGGGCUAAACGACUCGAUGGAAAACUUAAUGUCCUCGGUCGAGAAAAACGAGUCCGAGAUCUCUCCUUCAACUCUGUUUGCUAUAGCCUGCGUUCUUGAAAAUGUGCCUUUCAUAAAUGGCAGCCCACAGAACACUUUUGUUCCAGGGCUGAUUGAGUUGGCCAUCCAGAGGAAUAGUCUCAUUGGUGGAGACGAUUUCAAGAGCGGUCAAACUAAGAUGAAAUCCGUGCUGGUGGAUUUUCUCGUUGGAGCUGGUAUUAAGCCAACAUCUAUAGUGAGCUACAACCAUCUUGGAAAUAACGAUGGCAUGAAUCUAUCGGCUCCACAAACCUUUAGAUCAAAGGAGAUCUCAAAGAGCAAUGUGGUGGAUGAUAUGGUUGCAAGUAAUGGCAUUCUUUAUGAACCGGGAGAGCACCCGGAUCAUGUUGUCGUUAUAAAGUAUGUUCCGUACGUUGGAGAUAGCAAGAGAGCGAUGGAUGAGUACACAUCCGAGAUAUUCAUGGGCGGAAAAAGCACGAUUGUGUUGCACAACACUUGUGAGGACUCUCUUUUGGCCGCACCGAUUAUCCUCGACUUGGUGCUACUUGCCGAACUUAGCACCCGUAUUCAGCUCAAGGCCGAAGGAGAGGGCAAAUUUCAUCCUUUCCACCCUGUGGCCACUAUCCUUAGCUACCUAACAAAAGCCCCUCUUGUGCCUCCGGGAACACCGGUCGUGAAUGCCCUUUCGAAACAGAGGGCAAUGCUGGAGAACAUAUUGAGGGCUUGUGUUGGAUUGGCUCCUGAGAACAACAUGAUUUUGGAGUACAAAUGA